AUGCCAUUCUUGUUAAAACUUGAAGAGCAGCAUCUUGUGAAAAUCUGGAUAUGGCGAUCCGGGCGGAAGUCAGCCAUUCGUAUCCAUUGGGGCAAGGCAAACAAGGCAGCAAACCGGGGCGGCGACACAGAUCAAUCGACGACGAUGGGGAAGACAUUAGGACCAACCGGAGAGUUCUUCAGGCGAAGGGAUGAAUGGAGGAAGCAUCCGAUGCUCACAAAUCAAUCUACGCUCCUUCGCACUCCCAAUCUCACCACUCUGCUGCAUCUUCUUCACCUUCGCAUUCUCACUGAGAUUCGUGAUUGUGAUUGUGAUUGUGAUUGUGCUGUGAUUGUGAUUUGUGAAGGGAAGCUAUGCAUACAUGAUUAGGAAUACUCAAUCCUAUCCAAUCUAAUGACUUGUUUAAAUAAAAGCAGUUCUCUUAUUCGUAUGACAAUGAUUUGAUAAAGCAUGUUAUGUAUAAUUUUCUUGGUGCGUGCUUCAAGACCUUUGGAUCUAUCUGUCAUUUGGAGAAUGGAUGUGUUUGUUGUUUGUUACCAUAUGUCUUCGUCUUUUCUUUUCCUAUGUUCAUAUCACUUCAACUCUCUCUUUGGCAACCAUGUUGUUCAAACUAAAACAAAC